AUGAAGGUCACUAGUAUGAAUGAUGAUAUAGCGCAUAGUUUUUGGAGAUGUCCAGAUUUGGGUUACUCUUUUGCUAAUUCUUUGGGAAGAUCGAGGGGUUUGCUCACUUUGUGGAAUAAGGAUAAUGUGGAAGUGUUGAAUAGCAUCAAAGGAGAAGGUUUUUUGGGGGUUAAAGUGCGGUGGAAGAAUAAUUUAUAUUUCGUGGUUAAUAUUUACUCCUCUUGUGAUUUGGGAAAAAAGAAAACUUUGUGGAACGACUUACUUGUCACGAUGGAAAGAUUCAAAGACGGUGAAUGGGUUAUGGGUGGAGAUUUCAAUGCCAUAAAAAAUGUAAGAGAAAGAAAAGGGAGGGCGGUUAUGUAUAACAAUAGGGAGGCGGUUUUAUUUGCGGACUUCAUAAACAAAUCUUCUUUGGUGGACAUUCCUUGCAAAGGGAAGAAAUUUUCUUGGUUUAGUGGAGACGGCAAGUCAAGGAGUAGGAUAGACCGUUUUCUUUUAUCUAACAAUGUUGUUAACAAGUGGGAGAUAAUCCGUCAAUUCAUUGGAGAUCGGGAUAUUUCGGAUCAUUGUCCUAUUUGGUUGUUGUCGGAUAAAUCUAAUUGGGGUCCUAAACCGUUUAGAUUUAACAAUGAGUGGUUCUCUAGCGAGUCUUUUAUUCCGUUCAUGGAGAAAGAGUGGAAAAGUUUGAAGGUUUGA